GGGAGCCAGCCGCGCAUGCGCGCUUGGACAAUCCCCGGAGCUCGCGCCCGGGGAGCGCAGAACGGUUGGAGGUCGCGGCGGCGUUUGCACCGUGCAAAGCGCGAUCCCGGGAAGGGAAGCGGGAGAAGAGGGUCGUGGGAACGUGCCAACCCGGGUUCUGGGUGCGAUCCGAACCCCGAAGGGUUGGGGUCGUUGGAACAAACCACCCCACCCCAAGAUCAGCACCGGGGUCAUUUGGAGACCCCCACCCAAAAUCAGCCCCGGGGAAGGCGAGGGUCUCCCUUUUCCAGCGUCACCAUGUGGCUGCCCGCCCUGCUGGGUCCCUGGGCCGUGCUGCUGGUCCUAUCUGCCGGCCGCUGCCGGGGGCUCUCCUUCCACUUGCCCCCGCUGAGCCGUAAGUGCUUGAAAGAGGAACUGCACCGGGACGUGAUGGUCACCGGCGAGUUCGAAGUGUCCGAAGCGGCCGCACCGGGCAUCCGGACGGACUUAAAGGUGACCGACUCGUCCGGGCACCUGCUCUACUCCAAGGAGGAAGCCAAGAAGGGGAAAUUCGCCUUCACCACCGAAGACUACGAAAUCUACGAGAUUUGCUUCCAGAGUCACGGACAGACAGGGAAUUUUCGGCUGCCAGACCAACUGGUCACCCUCAAUGUUAAACAUGGGGUAGAAGCCAUGAAUUAUGAAAACGUCGCAAAAGCGGAGAAGCUGAAGCCGUUGGAGAUCGACCUCCGCCGGCUGGAGGACCUUUCCGAGUCCAUCGUCAAGGAUUUCGCCUUCAUGAAAAAACGGGAAGAGGAGAUGCGGGAUACCAAUGAAUCCACCAGCACUCGAGUUUUCUACUUUAGCAUUUUCUCCAUGCUGUGUCUGGUCAGCUUAGCGUCCUGGCAGGUGUUCUAUCUACGACGGUUUUUCAAGGCCAAAAAGCUCAUCGAGUGACGAGCCAAGAUUCCUCGUCUCCUUACCUGAUUGUGCCAAGAUCUCGGGACAAACCACUUUUUAUCUCCUCACUGGCCCUCCGAUCUCAACGGAGGUGACAAUUGGAAAUUGGACCGGAUCUCUUUUGGUGGGGGGCCACAGAUCGGUUUUGAAAAAAUGGCCUGGCCUCUCUUGGUUUUGGGUGUGUUUCUUUUCUCUUGGACUUAGCUGGGUGAUUUCUCUCACCUUUGGGGUGGCGUUGGAGGGCAGGCAUUCGAUCCGACUGUUACGCAAUUUGAGCACACUGGAUAAUAUUUGGAAGUAAUAAAUCUUGGUUCCUAGA